CAUGUGGUAAUUUCUCGCCUGAAGAUAUUAACAAGCGCAGCAUUGGGAUUGGAGACGGAUUGGGUGAGGAAAGCGUUCUCAUGUCUUCCCACCUCUUCACCCCGAAACCUCUCUCUGCUGCCCUGCCCUCCUCUCUCUCCCCUGUCUUCUCCUCCUCCUCCGCUUCCCCUCCCUCGAUCUCGUUACUCUCCCUCUCCUUCCCCUUACAGAGGAGGAGAAGAUGCCGAUUGAAGCUCGUGCGGGCCCAGGAUUCCGAUGCCGGCGACACCCAACCUCCUAAAGGGAGCUCGCCCAAGAGCAGGAGGGACAUUCUUUUGGAAUAUGUCAAAAAUGUUCAGCCAGAAUUUAUGGAGCUAUUUGUGAAAAGAGCACCAAAACAGGUUGUCGAUGCUAUGAGACAAACUGUGGCAAAUAUGAUUGGAACACUUCCACCUCAGUUCUUCUCAGUAACUGUUACCACGGUUGCUGAGAAUCUGGCACAACUAAUGUACAGUGUUAUGAUGACUGGUUACAUGUUUAGGAAUGCACAAUAUCGUCUUGAGUUGCAGCAAAGUCUAGAGCAGAUAGCGCUUCCUGAACCAAAAGAUAACAUGGAUGUUUCAGAUUAUGCUCCUGGUACACAGAAAAAAGUUACUGGGGAAGUUAUUAAGUGGAACAAGAUUACCGGUCCUGAAAAGAUGGAUGCCGUCAAGUAUAUAGAAUUUCUUGAAUCAGAAAUUGAGGAGCUGAAGCGUCAAGUCACAAGGAGGUCAGCAAAUGGACACAAUGAACUUUUGGAUUAUCUAAAAUCCCUUGAACCUCAGAAUUUAAAGGACCUGACAAAUAGCGCUGGGGAAGAUGUUGUUUUUGCUAUGAAUGCCUUUGUAAAGCGUUUGCUUGCAGUUUCAGAUCCUGCACAAAUGAAGAUUGCCGUAACACAAACAACUGCUCCGGAACUUGCCAAUCUACUCUAUUGGCUGAUGGUAGUUGGUUAUAGCAUUCGCAAUAUUGAAGUUCGCUUUGACAUGGAAAGAGUCCUUGAUAAUCCUCCAAAGCUUGCAGAGCUACCACCCGGGGAAGAUAUCUGAAAAUUUGGGAGAGAAAAGUUUGCCAGUGGACAUUUUGUGUUAUCCAUUGAAUUAUGUGUGCACACCUGGAAGGAAAGAAGCUUAUAUUGUUUUGGCAUGUAGAAGACAGCAAUUGAGAAAAGCUGUAUUUGUUUCUGUAGGGUAUUAAUGGAGGGGAUACAAUAGCAUCAAUGAUUUUCCAAAAUUACUUGAAUUGCAGAAAGUUAUUUGAUGGUG